AUGAGGUUCGCUAUUGUGAUUGCUGCUCUUCUUGGAGUUCUCCUGGCUCCAGCUCUUGCUGACAGGCAGAACAUUGUGAGGCGUGACAUUGAAAACUCCAACCUCUACGAUUCUGGAGACGCCUCUGAUUCUGGGGACUCCUCUGAGUCUGGAAACGCCUCUGAGUCUGGAAACGCCUCUGAUUCUGGGAACGCCUCUGAUUCUGGGAACGCCUCUGAUUCUGGGGACUCCUCUGACUCACAGGAGAGCUCUGAGAACUGGCAAACUGUCUGGGACCCCAAUACUGGCUACGUUGCAACCAAGGUACUUCCAAAACACACCUGCAUCAUUUCUAAAAUGGACAGGAGCUUUUUGCUUCACAAACAGUUUCCUGCACCACGUCCAGGACACAAGGAACGUGAUCCUCAUGAACUUCCACCCAGAGAGAAUCGCUUCCUGAUCUCAGAAAACAGACUCCACAACUUGCGCCCGUACGGAAGACGCAUUGAAAAUCUGUGCAGAGGAGUUCCCGCCUACUUUGCUUACCCAGUUGCUGGUGCCCUUGCCCUGCACGUCGAAAGGAAUUUCUCUGAGAGACACUUCACCCCCGCAGGAACAGUCAAGGCUUUCUCUAAAUACGGGGUGCAGCAGCCUGCUCGGAUUGUAACUACUGUUCUUCCUGGACUCUUUCUGGGCUUUGUUGUAAGCAAAGUGAAGUCAGAAGGAGCUUGCUUCAUUUCCUUAAUGAACAGAAAGGAGAUUCCCAACCUUAAUGCACUGAACAGACUGGCUGAAGAGAGCAAGUCUUACGGACCAGAAAUCUUCACUAUGUGCAGAGGAUUCAAAAUCUACACGGCUUAUGAAGUUCACGGACUCCAAAAUAUAAUCAAUGAAGCAUCAUGCAAGAGACUUGAUGUCGUGAAUUUGAGACCUUACCUAUUGCCUUUUCG